AUGGCCUCGCAGGCUGAAGAAGCGCCGCAGAACGUACCAGCAGAAGGACAGGUCGGGCCAGGUGGCAAGCUGUACAAGCGCCCGUCGAAAGUCGCCUGCCUAGCAUGCCGAAAGAUCAAGGUCAAGUGCAAGCUUCCGAACGACCAGGCGCCAACAGGCAUCUGGGCACAGGACCAGAGUCGAUGCACCCGAUGCAUCAGGCUCGACCUUCCGUGCGAGUACCGCAGCGCCCCUCGCCUUGGCCGUCGUCCGAAGGAUCGCUCGGCUGAAGGCGCUCAGCCUGCGUCGAAGCUUGCGCGGUCGGUCGCAGCAGCCGCAGACAACGCGGCGGACGCCCGAGAACGCAACACGAACGAGGCUGCGCUCGCGCUCACCCUUGUCGCGACUCGAAGCGACGCUCCGCCUCACUACCCCUCGCUUCCCUCGAUGUACAACUUGCCGCAUCCGCCAGGCGUCGCGGCUGAUCCGACAGCGCCAACGUACUCGCCCACUCAGCUACCCCUCGCGAAUGGCCAGACAGUCUUCCCAACGCCCUCUACUUCGCAACACCCUUCGAGCGGCGCGAGUUCCACCGUCCUCCCCUUCCCUCCGCAAUACGGUCCGCCCGGUCUCCAUGAUCGCGCUCUUCCCGCCAGCUCCUCUGGCUGGCAGUCGUCGAGCCAGGGUAUGCCAGCGCUCGCCGCAUCCGCCGUCGCCCAUCACAGCGCCUCUCCGGCCUACUCCCUCUCGUCCGGCAUCCAUCCCUCUCCCGCCUCGUCCGCGAGCGUCGUGCUGGAGCGGAACACGUUUGCCUCCCUCGCAGAGGCUGCGGAGGUUAAGCUGUACCGCUCCUCUUUGUUUGGCAACGGCGUCAAGGGCAAGAAGGUUGCGGCUCGCAUGGCUGACCCCGUCGACCUGAGCAUGCUGAGCGAGUUCGAGGCGGGACAACUCGUCGACAACUUCCACACCUCGCUCAACCGGUACAUCAUCCUCCUCGACCCGCACCUGCACUCGCUCGACUUUAUCCGCCGCACCUCCCCCAUCCUCCUCAGCGCAGUCCUCGCCGUCUCAGCCAAGUUCUUCCGCAAGGACUUGUACCCGCAGCUUCUCCAGCACGCGCAGCAACUCGUCAUGCGAGCGAUGGGAGGCGACGGCUCGGACGGGAUCGGGCUCGUGCAGGCUCUCCUCAUCCUCUGCUACUGGAAGGAACCGAUGGACUCGUCCGCUUGGCUCAAGAUUGGUUAUGCGAUUCGGCUCGGCUUCCAACUUGGCCUGCACGUCAAGCGUACAACUCCACUUCCCACGGACGAUCUCGCCGCCCGCGUCCUCCUAGACCGCGAACGCUGCUGGAUCGUCUUGAUCUGCUUCGACGCCUCCCACCUCCGAGUCGACGAGACGAUGGCCGACUCGCGAAUGAUCCGGCAUUGCGACGUCGAUAUCGACGCGUGGCUCGACGAGACGCGUAAGUACGACGUCCAGGACGACGCCGAGCAGGCCGUCUCGAUGUCGCUCGUCCCGCUCAACCGGCUUUACCAGCUCGUCGCGGCUGCAUCGUCGCCGGCUGCGGCGCGAACUCUUGCGUCGUAUGUGCAGAACGCUCUCAACCAGGCGCAGGCAAAGUACCUGGACCCUCAAUCGCCAAAGUAUCGGCCACUCACGCUGCAGGCUGCAAACAAGGCGCAACUUCACCUCCGCACAGCCGCUUUCUCCACCGCGCAAGCCUGUCUCGCGGUCAUCGGACCCGGAGAUCCAGCAGUCCUAGCAGAGUACCUCGCACGCGCCACCGAUGUCGUCGACUCCUUCGAGCGGUUCGCGGCCGACGAAAUGUUGAGCUUCUCGCAGGACGCGAUGGCGAUUCGGUUGUUGGAUCUCGGCGAGGGACUCGGCAAGCUCUUCCCACGCGUCGAUGCGAAUGCGCAAGUGAUCCUCAUCAGCUUGAUGUCAAGAGUCUACGCUGCCGCAUCCCGCUCGAAGAACGGCUCGGAAGACUCGCCUCCCGCCUUCAUCGCCCGCUUCUUCAGAGCCGCACUUCAGGCCCUCCAUCCCGGCUGCAUACCGGCUACCGGCGCUCCUUCACGGCGUAUGAGCAGUCCUGAACCAGCGCAGGACGCAGAGAUGGGUCCGGUCAACCAGCAGCAGCAGGGCGAGGCAGGCGGACCCGGACAGGCUUCGGCAGUCGUCAACCCUUUCGACCAGCUCCAGAACGCACCGCUUCUGCAGGAAGACCUCCUCGCCGACCUUCCUCUCGACGCCCUCGCACAAGACCUCACCUACUGGGACUCGCUCAACUCGGUCCAGGCAUUGUCGUCAUGGGCAUGGCUGGAUCAGGCGCUGAAUAGUGCGCUAGAUGGGGCGGGCGCAGGGGAGGGAGGGUUUAGGUGCGGCGAGGAGGGGCGUAGGGAUGCGUGA